GCUGAUCCUCCUUUGACACAGGCUCACCGCGGAGGCAGCAGCGAGGUGUCCGAUUUGGGCACGUGAGGCCCGCGACCCGGGGCGGCGGACGCCAGCUAGGGCAGGGCCAUUGGCAUGAAGACCCCCAACGCACAGGAGGCCGAAGGGCAACAAACCAGGGCAGCUUCGGGACGGGCUACUGGGUCCACAAACAUGACGAAGAAAAAAACCUCCCAAAAGAAGCAGAGAGGCAGACCUUCGUCCCAGUCCCGUAGGAACAUCGUGGGCUGCAGAAUUUCACAUGGAUGGAAGGAAGGUGAUGAGCCCAUCACCCAGUGGAAAGGAACCGUUCUGGAUCAGGUACCUCCUGACCAGCCUUGCCCACCUCAAGCACACAGGGAAGCUGUGAUGGAAGUUUGUGCAGCUCUGUUUCCAGGCAUGAAGACCCCCAACGCACAGGAGGCCGAAGGGCAACAAACCAGGGCAGCUUCGGGACGGGCUACUGGGUCCACAAACAUGACGAAGAAAAAAACCUCCCAAAAGAAGCAGAGAGGCAGACCUUCGUCCCAGUCCCGUAGGAACAUCGUGGGCUGCAGAAUUUCACAUGGAUGGAAGGAAGGUGAUGAGCCCAUCACCCAGUGGAAAGGAACCGUUCUGGAUCAGGUGCCUAUAAAUCCCUCUCUUUAUCUGGUGAAAUAUGAUGGAAUUGACUGUGUCUAUGGACUGGAACUUCACAGAGAUGAAAGAGUUUUGUCUCUUAAAAUUCUUUCCGAUAGGGUGGCAUCAUCUCAAGUCGGUGAUGCCAACCUUGCAAACACCAUAAUUGGUAAAGCUGUGGAACAUAUGUUUGAGGGUGAGCAUGGUUCUAAGGAUGAAUGGAGGGGAAUGGUCUUAGCCCAAGCACCUAUCAUGAAAGCCUGGUUUUAUAUUACCUAUGAGAAAGAUCCUGUCUUGUACAUGUACCAGCUUCUAGAUGAUUAUAAAGAAGGAGACCUCCGUAUCAUGCCAGAGUCCAGUGAGUCUCCUCCAGCAGAGAGGGAGACAGGAGGAGUUGUAGAUGGCCUGAUAGGUAAACAUGUGGAAUAUACCAAAGAAGAUGGCUCCAAACGGAUUGGCAUGGUCAUUCACCAAGUGGAAGCCAAACCCUCUGUGUAUUUCAUCAAGUUUGAUGAUGAUUUCCAUAUCUAUGUCUAUGAUUUGGUGAAAAAGUCCUAACUGUUAGGGUAAACUUUGCCACAUUUGUGAGAACAAAUGUAUACUUUGUAGACGUGCAAAACAAUGUUGCUUUUCAGUGUAUUGAAAGCUUAAGGGUCCCUGUUAAUUCAACAUCUUUGCCAGCAUAACUGUUGUUUUUUUUUUUUUUUUUUGAAAAUACAAAUUUAUGUGGACAUGACAUGCUGUGUGUAAGGACUUUGUCAUGUUGAAAAGAUUGGGUGUGUUUGGUGGAUGGGGCAUGAAAGGAAGGGACAGCUGUAAAUGCAGGCUGUGAAUAAAGUUCAGCUAGUAUCAUAAUCAGUCAUCUAAAAAUGGAAUAGGACUUAGCUGGUCUGGUCUAGAGAGGGGGGAGGAGAAGGAACUAGAGAUGGGCUGUAGAGGGAGGGAGAAUGGGAGGUGACUGCUUAGGAAGAGGCUCCCUGGAGGAGGGAUGGCCUAAGAGAGAGAGGCACCCAACUAGGAGGGGGUAGACAAUAAGAGAGAGAGAGUGAGAUCUUGGGGCUUAGAGGAAAACAAACAGAAUGCCUUGAGUAGAGAGGGUCUCAAAGUAUCUUAGAAGAGGUCCAGAGCAAGGGGCAGGGGAGAGAAAGUUGGCAGGAAUCUGGAGGGUACUCAAAGGGAGGGUCUGCGCAUGAGUAAGGAGUCAGAAGGGGAGGAACACUGAGGAAGGAAGAAUUCCAAGCAGAAAGAUUGACAGAGGAAGUGAGAAUGCAGAAAAGGAGGUGUGGGGAAUGGGGCCCAGGAGACAUGGGAAAGCCCAGGAAAAAGUUGGACUUCUGGCAGUAUCCACAUUGCCUUCCCCUGGCUCUGUGCAGAAAAGAUGUAACAGCUGUCAAAGAAGCCAAAUGGGUUGGAAGUUCCCUAGAAUGGCAUUUUGACAGGGAUGACUUGAGUUAAGUAGGAGCCAACUUUAUACCUAAAAGGCUUUUCUUAUUUCAGGGAGCUCAUGCCACACCUGCCGAGCAGAACCCAAACCCUCGGCUUAAACACACUGACCUGACACCCCAUGAGCUGGGGGCUGUAAGCAGUCUCCUCACUUUUCCCAGAGGACCAGGUGCAGUAAUCUUAGACCCGGAGGUCUUGGUUCAUUUCCCUUACACUGGAUAAACAAUUCUUGUGGGGCGUAGGUAAGCAGAGUGCUCAGGACUUAAGAGAUGUGCCUCCUUGCGUUUGGAAAGUAUUUUAUCCAAAAAAAAUUAGAACCUUACUGAAGUCAGGUACAGGAGUCCCCUCACUGUUCUUUCUCCUACUGGACUGUGCCUUGCCUCCCUAGAGAGGAGGGGCAUCAGAGGAUUGAGCCUAAUGUUUAUCUCAGGACAUGGGGAGUACUUGGCAGUCCAUGCCUAGCUCAGCAGCUGCCUGAAACCACAGGUGGUUCCACCCAAUGCUUCACUGAAUGGAGGUCUGCUGCCUCUAGAGUCCCUAUUCAGGCUAUACCGUGACAAAGCUGGUGGCUACUGACCCUUCACAGGUACCUCCUGACCAGCCUUGCCCACCUCAAGCACACAGGGAAGCUGUGAUGGAAGUUUGUGCAGCUCUGUUUCCAGGUGAGAUGGAUGGCAUGGGGCAGUCGGGCCGGGAGUUGUGACUUUGUAUAACUAACUCUUUCAACUGUAUAAUGCCACAUAGAGGGGCGGUGGUUGGUGGGGAGAGGGUGCAGUGACCCCAAUAAAGUCCCUCAGGGGUAUGGCGCUCUAGCACAUGGGUCUGUGUCCUUCUCUUUUUCUCCCCCUUGUCUUUCUCCAGUCAUGUUGUGGAAGUUUCCUUCAAAACCUUCUCUCUGAUUUCCCCACCCUACACUUCACUAAGAUAUGCCCCUGCCCUCAAACAAAGAGUUAAGGUGAGCUCACUGCUCAGUCUUCCCUAACUCCAUAUAUUGGGGGGUGGGGGGAAGGGCCAGGUGGUGGCAGGGAGCUUCUAGAAUUUGAAAAAAAGUGGUAAUUCUAGUUCAUUCUCUACACCCAACAUGACCUGAAACUGUGUGCCUGAAGAAUCACACAAGGCAAGCCCACCUUGCAGGGACUGGUUUUCUUUCAUCACACAAUUUAGUCUAGCAAACACCUGCAGGCCACCCAUGGGCCAAUUUCAGUCAGGGGUCAUGCUUUCUUCGAUCCUGGUGUUUUCCAUUUUUAAAUUAGUUACUUAGACAUUUGGGAGAUUUCACAUUACAAAAAUCCAUAUUUCUGGCCCACCUCAAAACAAAAUAAAACAAAACAAUAAAC